GGGUCACAUGUGGGAAUAAAAAAAUCUACAAAUAUUUUAUUUUCCUGUAAAUACGGCGGUGAAGUUAGUUUUAGGUUGGAUAUAUUUCCCUGUAAAUACAGCGGUGAAGUUAGUUUCAGGUUGGAUAUAUUUUCCUGUAAAUACAGCGGUGAAGUUAGUUUCAGGUUGGAUAUAUUUCCCUGUAAAUACGGCGGUGAAGUUAGUUUCAGGUUGAAUAUAUUUUCCUGUAAAUACGGCGGUGAAGUUAGUUUCAGGUUGAAUAUAUUUUCCUGUAAAUACGGCGGUGAAGUUAGUUUCAGGUUGGAUAUAUUUUCCUGUAAAUAUGGCGGUGAAGUUAGUUUUAGGUUGGAUAUAUUUUCCUGUAAAUACGGCGGUGAAGUUAGUUUCAGGUUGAAUAUAUUUUCCUGUAAAUACGGCGGUGAAGUUAGUUUCAGGUUGGAUAUAUUUUCCUGUAAAUAUGGCGGUGAAGUUAGUUUCAGGUUGGAUAUAUUUUCCUGUAAAUAUGGCGGUGAAGUUAGUUUUAGGUUGGAUAUAUUUUCCUGUAAAUAUGGCGGUGAAGUUAGUUUCAGGUUGGAUAUAUUUUCCUGUAAAUAUGGCGGUGAAGUUAGUUUUAGGUUGGAUAUAUUUUCCUGUAAAUACGGCGGUGAAGUUGGUUUCAGGUUGGAUAUAUUUUCCUGUAAAUACGGCGGUGAAGUUAGUUUCAGGUUGGAUAUAUUUUCCUGUAAAUACGGCGGUGAAGUUAGUUUCAGGUUGGAUAUCUGACGGACAUUCUCUGAGGAUCUACCGGUGUCUUCUCACUCUCCAGAACCGGGAAUAACAACAGCAGCGCGGUUAAAUCUACUCGACACCCUCACUGUCAACGUCGGUGUUGAAUAAGGGACCGUCAAUAAAUUACCGGUUGAUGUUCUCAGAAAAGGCUGUUUUCCUUCAAUAGCUUCACUGUCAUGUGACCAAAAGACCUAAAAUUGAUUUCUAAUAAUAGUACUAAGGUCGAUCAAUAAGACAAACAUUAUUGAUCAGUUUUCAUUGAUCCCCUAAAGUUCUUUGUGCUCCUUACUUUUUUAACUCAGGAGAACAUGUGAACAAAGUUAGAGUCAAACCCUAACUGGAGGUGAAGUUCAGUGGGUUCUAGAGUCCUGGGUCCUAGAGUCCUGGAUCCUAGAGUCCUGGGUCCUAGAGUCCUGGGUCCUAGAGUCCUGGAUCCUAGAGUCCUGGGUCCUAGAGUCCUGGAUCCUAGAGUCCUGGAUCCUAGAGUCCUGGGUUCUAGGAUGCUUUGUAGGGUCUUAAAGAGACAGACGCUCAUACAUGUUUUUGCCACAGUGUCAACAGGAGAAGGAGGACUAUACUGAAUUGUUCGGAUCUGAAAACUUUGACGAGUUUGUUCUUGGUUUGGCUUUUAGCUAUUAUUACUGUUACAGGCUCUGGACCAAUCAGAAUCAAGGGUUUCAUACAGCUGGUUCUGGUGAUAGAGGCCCGUCUGCUGAUUAAGACUGAAUUAAUUUAUAACCUUGAAGAGUUUAAAAAAACACGUCUGAACUUUAACAGGUGUGUGUGUGUGUGUGUGUGUGUGUGUGUGUGUGUGUGUGUGUGUGUGUGUGUGUGUGUGUGUGUGUGUGUGUGUGUGUGUGUGUGUGUGUCAGCAGCAGCAGCACCCUCUGCUGGACAGGAGAACACAUUACAGCUGAUCGAAACUCAAUCUGUGUCACUGAUGACUGAAUAUAAGAGAGUCUGGAAUAAACACACACACACACACACACACACACACACACACACACACACACACACACACACACACACACACCUGUGAGAAUGAGCAGCAGGGGAAGCAGCUCUAAGUCCUACUAAGAGGAUCUGUCUGCGCACACACACACACACACACACACACACACACACACACACACACACACACACACACACACACACACACACACACACACACACACACACACAGUAAGCUGAGCUUUGUGUGCUGAGGAUCAGUCAGUGUCGGUGAGUGUGAGGUGGUGAACAGAGGCAUGAUGGGAGCUGACGGAGAGGAGACCCUGAAACACGCCUGACCUCUGAACCCCGAACACUGACGGCGUGUGUGUGUCAGGAGUGAGUGUGUGUGUGUGUCAGGAGUGAGUGUGUGUGUCAGUGGGAUGGACGCCGUGGAUCCGUCUCCUCUGCGGCACUUCGUGGUGGCGAAGCGUUCGAUCACUUCCAUCUUUGACCAGCUGCUGGACUUUGUGAAGGAUGGCUCCGCCUUUGUGGACGGUGAGACACACACACACACACAGACACACACACACACACACACACACACACAGACACACACACACACACACUCACACACACACACACACACACACUCACACACACACACACACACACUCACACUCAGGUGUGUCAGGUACCUGCAGGUAGAAUUCACCCGUCACUGAAUCAGCUGAUUCUCCGUCAGGUCUGUCUCUGCGGAGGUCAGACCAGGUCGUUGUCAUGGCGAUCGGGGGUUACAGCU